AUGCCUGCCCCUUCUCAGUUAGCUAUUGCUACCAGCUCGGUCCUCCGUCUACUCAAGGAGGAGCUAUCCUACCACAAGGAGCUCGUCGAUCAAGAGGCAAAGGUCAAGGUCCUCAGUGAGAAGAUCAAAGCCGGUCCCAAGAGUGAGGAUGGUAAUGAUGAGUUCAUGCUCAAGCAAGAGAAACUCGCUGUAGAGCAGACCCAAGCCAUCUUCGAACCUCUCAAGUCUCGCAUCUCCCAGGCCGUCUCGAAGCUAGAGGAGCAGCUUGCCAUCGGUAAGGACUCUGGUGCUCCGGCGAAUGAGCUGGAGCAGGCACAGGCUGUGCUUGACCAGGCCAAGGUUAUCAAUGGGAGUUCGUAA